UUUUUCCAGAGACUUUACGUCAGUUCGACAAGAAUGAGAAUUUUCAAACUUACCUUCUUGUUACUUACCAUCUUAGUGAUUCUCUCUGCUGUGGACGUUGGUGAAUGCGGAAAAUUCAAAGACGCAAUGAAAAAAGUUGGACAAGUUUUCGUAAAAGCUGGAGAAAAGAUUGGAACAGGGGUAAAAACAGUUGUAAAAGGCGUCGUAAAGUUUGAAAAGGCGAUUGAUCACUUUGGAGGAAAUAUAGUUCCUAAAGUGUUAGACGUUGCUGAAAAAAUCACAGGACAUUGAUAUUUCGUGCUCGAUUGUCGAUAAACCCUUGCAUUGUGA